AUGGCUGAUAAGACAGGGGCAGAGAGGGCCAUCAAGGAGCCCAAUCCAGUCAUCGACGGACGCAAAGCCAACGUCAACCUGGCUUACCUGGGAGCCAAGCCAAGAGGGCCAACGGCAGGUGAGGACGCUCUCUACGGUUCGUACCACCUUACACCCAGCACUACCAGUACACCCAGCACCAGUACACCCAGCAUUACCAGUACACCCAGCACCAGUACACCCAGCACUACCAGUAUACCCAGCACCAGUACACCCAGCACUACCAGUACACCCAGCACUACCAAUACACCCAGCACUACCAGUACGCCCAGCACUACCAGUACACCCAGCACUUCCAGUGCACCAAGCACUACCAGUACGCCCAGCACUACCAGUAUGCCCAGCACUACCAGUACACCCAACACUACCAGUACACCCAGCACUACCAGUACGCCCAGCACUACCAGUACACCCAGCACUACCAGUACACGCAGCACUACCAGUACACCCAGCACUACCAGUACACCCAGCACCAUACACCCAGCCUACCAGUACACCCAGUACCAUACACCCAGCACUACCAGUACACUCGCACUAUACCAUAACACCCAGCCUACCAGUACACCCAGCACUACCAGUACACCCAGCACCAGUACACCCAGCACCAGUACACCCAGCACUACCAGUACACCCAGCACUACCAGUACACCCAGCACCAGUACACCCAGCACUACCAGUACACCCAACACCAGUACACUCAGCACUACCAGUACACCCAGCACUACC